GUUCAAAAGGGUCCAAAAGGGGUCAAAAAAGGGUCCAAAAGGGUCCAAAAGGGGUCAAAGGCGCCAAAAGGUUCCAAAAGGCGUCCAAAAGGCGUCCCAAAAGGUCAAAAGGGUCCAAAGGCGUCCAAAAAGGGGUCAAAAGGCGCCAAAAAGGGGUCCCAAAAGGCUCCCAAAAAGGGUCAAAAGCGUCCAAAAGGCGUCCAAAAGGUGUCCCAAAAGGUGUCCAAAAGGUGUCCAAAAGGCGUCCAAAAGGCGUCCAAAAGGUGUGCAAAAGGUGUCCAAAAGGUGUCCAAAAGGGGUCCAAAAGGUGUCCACAAGGUGCCCAAAAGGUGUCCAAAAGGCGUCCAAAAGGUGCCCAAAAGGUGUCCAAAAGGCGUCCAAAAGGUGUCCAAAAGGUGUCCAAAAGGCGUCCAAAAGGUGCCCAAAAAAUGUCCAAAAGGCGUCCAAAAGGUGUCCAAAAGGCGUCCAAAAGGUGUCCAAAAGGUGUCCAAAAGGCGUCCAAAAGGUGUCCAAAAGGUGUCCAAAAGGCGUCCAAAGGCUUUCCCCCAAGGCGUCCACAAGGGUCCCAAAAAGGGGUCCAAAAGGCGUCCAAAAG